CAAGCCAUCAAUAGGAACUGUAGAAAAGUGGCUUAGUGAAGGUAGUAUUGAGCUAACUGUUACUCGUGUUAACUUGCAUGGACCUCCUGGAGCUGGUAAAACCUGUGCUCAAGAUCUUCUGCUAAAUAACCCACCUACCACCCACACCACUGACAGUACACCAAUUGCUCGUCCAGCUGUCAAAGCUACAAGAGUAUCUGUCGAUGAUGAAGCUAUGAAAUGGGAGAAAGUUGAUAGAGAUGGUUUACUUGAAAGACUAGCUUCUGAUUUAAAGAAAGCUGCUGCUUCUCAGCCUAUUGAAGAAAUUUCAGCCUCUCAGCCUAAAGAUAACAUUUCGUCAUCUUUUUCAAUGGACAAACGGCAAACUGCAGAGCGAUGUGAUGAAUCUACUGAACAAGAUGAGUCUGAUGCCAAAACAGAUGAAUCUACUGUUGCUUCAAAUGAAAGUUUCUCAAUUGGUGAAGGUGUGAUUCAGGAAAUUGUUGGCACAAUCCAAAGCUCAGAGGUUCAGUUAAAUUUAAGUGAUCAUUGGUUGUACAUUAUUGAUUCUGGAGGUCAGCCAGCAUACCAGGAGCUGUUACCAUUGUUUGUUAGAACAGCUUCUCUCAAUAUCAUCACUCUUAACCUCUCUAAACCUCUUGAUGAAAAGCUUGAUUUCCAAUACAGGAUUGGAGGGAAAAUAUUUUCUUGCGGUUUAAACUUAAAGUAUUCUAAUCGAGAAUUCUUUUUAUCAGCAGUUUCGUCAGGAGCCAUUUUGAAACCGAUUGAUGUCCCUCAUGCCCUUGAAACACCUUCACAUCCAAUGAAUUUUGUACUUGGUACACAUUAUGAUCUCAUUAAAGAAGACGUGCACUUGCUUAGGAAAAUCAAUGACGAGUUGAGGUCUUUAUUGGAUCCUGGGAUGAAAGAUUUUGUUGUUUUAGAUGGAGAGUUUAUGAUAUUUCCUAUUAAUACACUAGUCCCUGAAGAUGAAGGAAGAAUGAAAGCAGGACAGGAUUUAUGUCAAUCAAUAUCAAAUUGUGGUGGCACUUCUCUUAAAAUAAAUGUGCCAAUUCGUUGGUUUGCAUUUGAGCUUUGGCUACAAAAAAUAGCAGAAGGCAAUAGCCGCAGUUUUCUCAUAAUAGAUGAAGCCAUAUCUGCUGGUGCCAGGUUAAAAAUGAGUGAGGAUGAUACUAAGCAUGCCUUAAAGUAUCUCCACAAUGUCACUAUUAUCCUGUAUUAUCCUGAUAUCCUGCCACAGUUAGUUUUUGUUGAUCCUAAGCCUAUUCUUGAGGUUCUAUCACGCCUGCUAGCUCUCUCUUAUGUUCAAAGGAAAGCACUUCACCUAAUUGCCAAACCUGUACCUCUGCAAAAAGAUCUAAACAGGCUUCACGAUUUUGGUUUGUUUAAAGAGGAGCUCCUAAUGAAUCACUUUAAGUCACUUUUUUCUCCACCUCACUUUGAGCCGUCUCAUUUACUUAAGCUCCUAAUUCAUCUUCAUAUCAUUACCAAAAGAGAAAAAGGAGAUUAUUUCUUUCCUUGUGCUUUGCAGUCUUACACUAAACCACCUGAACCCCAAACAGAAACUAAGGCCCUCCUUAUAGUCUGGCUAAAGAAACUUGAGGAAGAUGAUAUCAGAAUUCUAAGACUUCCAGUUCCACAAGGAAUGUUUCCUUUGCUCAUUACUCACCUUCUUAACCACAAAGAGGACUCCUGCAUAGUAGGUUUCCCUCCGUUAGAUGAUCCAAAGUACAGGUACUGCAAUGAUCAAAAGCACAUGUGCUACAAGUAUUGUGAUGCACUGUCUCUGUGGAUCAACAUUCAAGAAAUGCGUUACACACUUCACAUAAUCAAUCGCUACUCACACAUUGAGGUUUAUUUUGUUGGAUCGGUUCAGAAAGCAAAAGAAAACUGUCCUUACAUUUGUGAGCUAGUCAUGAAGGCUGUCAGUGACAGUGCUGAUGCCAUCAAUGUGGAACACAAUCAUUUCGCUGCAUUCUCUUGUCCCAAUGAUAAGAGUUGUUACUGUGUUGUAAUAAACGAUAAAGAAUUCAAAACUAAGUGUAUGCUUUGUACAUGUUUAACUAAUAUAAGUGAUGAUAGCUACUGGUGCUGGUUUGACUGUAUUUCUAAAGCUGUCCUGACCUCUGACUCGCAAUGUUUAGAAGAACCUCAAGAAGAACUCAAUAUAACUGAUUUGGAUGAAAUCCUAACUCAUUUAAAGAAAGGCCAUUAUCCUAGUAGCAAUUGGAAGGAGCUAGGACUCAAACUGGGACUAUAUGAUAAUACACUGAGUACUAUAGAAUCAAAUUACUCUAAAGUAGAAGAUCGCCUUAGAGAGUGUCUAGCUAAAUGGUUGCAGAGAGCUGAUGGUGUAGAUGCUAAAGGAGGAGCAACCUGGACCACACUAAUUAAUGCUCUUGAACAAUGUGACAGCGGCAAACCAACAGCUGAACCCAUUAGUGAGUAA